CAAAAAGAAAAAAGGUUCGUUUCUUUUUCUUUCAGUGGCUGCGUCCGAUUCUACUUCAUUUUUCUUUGUACGCUGUCUAUACUCCUUCCUCUCUCUCUCUCUCUACCAUGUCUUUCAGAAUCCGGGGUGGGACAAAUGCAUCCUCUGGCAUGGGGAUUGCUGAUCACAGCAAAGCUACAUACAUGGAACUGCAAAGGAAGAAGGUGCAUCGAUAUGUGAUAUUUAAGAUUGACGAGAAGAAAAAUGAGGUUGUGGUUGAGAAAACUGGAGGUCCAGCUGAGAGCUAUGAUGAUUUCACUGCAGCUCUUCCUGAGAAUGACUGCCGAUAUGCGGUGUAUGAUUACGAUUUCGUGACAUCUGAGAACUGCCAAAAGAGCAAGAUUUUCUUCUUUGCCUGGUCUCCUUCUGUUUCCCGCAUUAGAUCGAAGAUGCUGUAUGCCACAUCUAAGGACAGGUUCAGAAGGGAGCUAGAAGGCAUACACUAUGAGAUUCAGGCUACUGACCCUACUGAAGUAGAACUUGAAGUGCUCAAAGAACGCGCUAACUGAUUGAAACUCAUCUAUGAAGCAACCAUUCGUAAUAUUCUUGUCUAAUUACAACUUAAAAGGCUUGGUUUACUUAACUACCUAUUGUGCAAUACCUCCUCAUGGCACAAAUUACCUAUGGGGUAAAUAACUCGGCACUUGGGAUGCUGAUUACCAGAUUCAUGAUAAUGAUAUCGUGUUUUUUGGUUAUGGGUUCUCUGAUUCUCAUGAUGCUUCCCAGCCGAAAAACGGGUAUGGUUAUGUAUGUGAAUGAUUCAAGUAUCAACUACAGUUUGGAUACUUAGCUUUUAGUAGUUUAGCUUCUUAUUUCUUUU